AUGCGAGACAGCAAGAGUGUAAGCAACCCACUUACACCACAAGGAAAAGGAGUUGAGGAUGACAAGGAGUAUGGAGAUCCGACUAAGUAUAGAAGUAUCGUUGGAGGGCUUUUGUACUUGUGUGCAUCAAGACCUGAUGUGAUGUAUGCAAGCACCUUUCUCUCAAGAUACAUGUCAUCACCUCGCAUGAAGCACUACCAAGAAGCCAAAAGGGUGUUAAGAUAUGUCAAAGGAACAUCAAGCUUUGGAGUGUACUUCACAAGCGUGGAAGAACCAAGACUUGUAGGCUACUCGGACAGCGAUUGGGGUGGUUCUAAGGAAGACAAGAAAAGCACUUCAGCAAUAGCAAUUGGGAAGAAUCCGGUGCAACACAGAAGGACGAAGCACAUAGAGAUCAAGUACCAUUUCGUGAGGGAAGCUGAGCAAAAAGGAAUCAUUGAACUAGAGUAUUGCAAAGGGGAUGAUCAACUCACAAACAUUCUCACAAAGGCAUUGGACGGUUCAAGGUUUGAAGAUCUAAGGAAGCAGCUUGGAGUCAAGUCGAGAUAUGAUUAA